UUUCACUACCUAAAGUCACACAGACCCAGGACAGUGCAGGAGGAAGACACAGCUAUAUAUGUAUAUUAGAGUUGAGAUUAGAUGUAGAAGUUACUGUAUUUUAUCAGCAGUGUGUGAAGAUGUCAGAGGGAGUCUAUGAAAUCCCAGAUGGAUUUAAUGACGAUGAGCCUGAUGCAAUGAAGAACACAGACAUUGAUGGCCAAUCAUAUGCCAACGUAAGAGCCUUCAAACCCAGUACAAGAGAUGGAGUUGUUGCUUCAGAGCCUGAUAGCUCAGGGAAGAGACCCUUCCUAGUUGCUGCAGUGUGUCUGGGGCUGCUCUGUGUUCUACUGGCUGGGAUCAUAGGCCUGUCUGUCUACUAUGAUGGGGUCUCUAGGAGCUUCUUAGCCUAUAAGACCAACUCAUCUGCAGAGAUAGAACAGCUACAGGCCAGCAACAACAAUCUGACUAAAGAGAGAGACCAGAUACAGACCAGUUACAACACCCUGACUAAAGGGAGAGACCAGAUACAGACCAGUUACAGCGCCCUGACUAAAGAGAGAGACCAGCUACAGACCAGUUACAACACCAUGACUAAAGAGAGAGACAACCUACAGACCAGUUACAACACCAUGACUAAAGAGAGAGACCAGAUACAGACCAGUUACAACACCCUGACUAAAGGGAGAGACCAGAUACAGACCAGUUACAGCGCCAUGACUACAGAGAGAGACCAGCUACAGACCAGUUACAACACCAUGACUAAAGAGAGAGACCAGCUACAGACUGAGAGAGAUUUUCUUAACUGGAGGCUUACCAAUCUCAGCUGGCAGAAGUUUGAAUCCAGUUGGUACUUCCUGUCUACUGAGUCUAAAACCUGGAAGGAGAGCAGACAGGACUGUCUGAAGAGAGGAGCAGACCUGGUGAUGAUAAACAGUGAUAAGGAACAGACUUUUCUCUUCAACCUCAAGAAGAGAGUCUGGAUUGGUCUGACUGACUCUGUUAAGGAGGGGACCUGGAAAUGGGUGGACGGCAACCCACUGACCACAAGGUACUGGAAUGACAAUCAGCCUGAUAGUAAAGAUCCUACUGGGGAGGAGGACUGUGUUGAGAUACAUACAGAUUGGACUCCACUUAAGGCAUGGAAUGACAUGUCAUGUGACAGGAAACUCAACUGGAUUUGUGAGAAAGUGUUUUAACAUCACCAUGACAGCGUACUGUAACACAUACAGCAGUUUAUAGUGUACACAACUUUAUUCUUCAUUCUCUCUCUCUCUCUCUCUCUCUCUCUCUCUCUCUCUCUCUCUCACACACACACACACACACACACACACACACACGCACGCACACACACACACACACACACACACACACACACACACACACACACACACACACACACACACACACACACACACACACACACACACACACACACACACUCUCUCUCUUUCACACUUACACACAUUUUCACACACACACGCACACACACAUACAUGCAGGUACACAUACGCAUUCAAAUGCACCUAUUGUUGUAUUAGUUUGUUGUAUCAUAUUAAUAAAAGUUCUACUUAUUUCCUGUU